GAAAAGUACGGUAAUCUUUUGGAUACAAAGGAAGUCUUACACAUCUGUCCCAUAAUCAGUCACUCUUGUUCUCCCCUUCUAUAUAUAUACUUGUUACACACAUUCAUGUACAAAUAAAACAAUUCCCAAUUCUCAUAUAGUCAUAUACAAUUAUACUCUUUCCUUAAAUACAUUAUUCAAAUUAAACCAUCAUUAUGGAACCUUUCACUUUGUUACUUUUACUAGCAGUGAUCACACUUUAUAUAGUAUGGUUCAAAUCACUAGCACGGCCAUUACGCGGUCCACGUGUAUGGCCGUUAGUGGGUAGUUUACCUGGCUUGAUCGAGAAUGGACACCGUAUGCAUGAGUGGAUUGCGGAGAAUCUUCGAUCUUGUGGUGGUACGUACCAGACCUGUAUAUGCGCACUACCAUUUUUAGCGCGCAAACAAGGCCUGGUUACUGUAACGUGCCACCCUAAGAAUCUUGAGCAUAUACUUAAGGUUCGAUUUGAUAAUUACCCAAAGGGUCCCACUUGGCAAGCAGUUUUUCGUGAUUUGCUUGGUGAAGGGAUUUUUAAUUCGGAUGGUCAUACGUGGUUAUUUCAAAGGAAAACAGCUGCACUUGAAUUUACCACUCGAACCCUCCGACAAGCUAUGGGUCGGUGGGUGAAUCGGGCUAUUAAGACCCGGUUUGUUCCGAUUUUGAAAGAGGCAGAAGUUACAGGUAAACCCGUUGAUCUACAAGACCUUUUGCUUAGGUUAACUUUUGAUAACAUUUGUGGGUUAGCUUUUGGUGGUAAUCCCAAAACCCUUCAACCCGGUUUGCCUGAAAACGGGUUUGCAUUGGCUUUUGAUAAGGCUACUGAAGCUAGUCUUCAACGGUUUAUUUUACCCGAGUUUAUAUGGAGGUUUAGAAAAUGGGUCGGGCUUGGUAUGGAGGUUACUUUGAGGGAGAGUGUUGCACACGUGGAUAAGUAUUUGACGAAUAUUAUUGAUACACGUAAGCAUGAAUUGACGAGUCAGCAAUCAAUCGGGGCCCAUGAUGACUUGUUGUCAAGGUUUAUGAGGAAAGCAGAAUCCUACUCUGAUAAGUUCCUUCAACAAGUUGUACUUAAUUUUAUCCUAGCUGGACGUGACACGUCCUCUGUGGCGCUUAGUUGGUUUUUUUGGCUUGUUAGUAAUCAUCCACGUGUGGAAGAAAAAAUCCUCUUGGAAAUUUGUACUGUUCUAAGGGAGACACGUGGUAGUGAUGUAACCAAGUGGACUGAUGAUCCACUAGAGUUUGAGGAAGUUGAUCGAUUGAUAUAUCUUAAGGCUGCAUUGUCAGAGACGCUAAGGCUAUACCCUUCUGUACCACAAGAUUCUAAGCAUGUGGUUGCUGAUGAUGUGCUUCCAGAUGGAACAUUCGUGUCGUCUGGAUCUGCAAUCACCUACUCAAUAUACUCAGUAGGGCGUAUGAAGUUCAUAUGGGGCGAGGAUUGCUUAGAGUUUAGACCUGAAAGAUGGUUAUCAUCAGACGGUAAGAAAAUAGAAAUCACCGACUCAUUUAAAUUUGUAUCGUUUAAUGCAGGUCCAAGAAUUUGCCUAGGAAAAGACUUAGCCUACCUCCAAAUGAAGUCAAUAGCUGCGGCGGUUCUUCUCCGCCACCGACUUAAUGUCACAAAAGGUCAUAAGGUUGAGCAAAAAAUGUCCUUGACCUUAUUCAUGAAGAAUGGGCUAGUGAUGGAUGUUCACUCUAGGGAUUUAUCACCUAUAGUUGCCAAAAUUAACCAAGAUACAGCUGAAUGAGUGGUUAGAUGCAGCAAUUAUUGAGCCAUGAGAAUUGUGAACAUUUGAUGCCCACAUUUAGAACAAAAGAAGAGCAUUGAAUGUUGGUUGUUACAUAUGGUAUAUUUAUGAACACAAAUAAAGGGACAUUUACUUACUUUGAUAUUACUAAAAUUUUGAAAAUAUAUGCCUAGACAAGUCUAGUCUAGUUGUUUAUAGGAGAAUUCUCUCACGUACUUCGUUUUAUAUUGUUUAUUACACUUUUAAAAAGCUCUUAGUUUUAGUCAAAGUGUAACAAAUAAUAUAAAACGGAUAGAGUACUAGUUACGUUAUAAGGGUGUUAUUUUUAUUUUGUCAUAAAAUAUAUAUAAUGUCGACAGAAAUUAUAACUAUAUUUUAAAAUUGUAUUUUA